GUUUGUUGAGUGUGGCUGAUUAGGUGCUGUAGACAUUUUUUUUUUGGUCCCAAACCCUUGCAGUUAACAAGUAUAGGUUUCAAUGCACCCAUCGGUAAUUUAGAGAUAAUAAAAUUCUGAAGAUAUCAUCUUGGGUUAUGGCGGCCAAUACCCGAGAUGAUGAAUUUGAUGAGUAUGAUAAACCGGGAGCUGAAAGGUCUAGGAGACGACGAGGAGAAGACGACGAUCUGGACAGUGAUUUGGAAGGUGACUUGCUUGAGGAGGACUGGCUUUUGUCUAAGAAGAAUGCAUCAGAAUUGUCAGAUGAAGAGCUUAAUGAUGACCUGUUGCAAAGUGAUGAGGAAGAUCAGAACACAAGUGGUCAGGGUGAAGCAGUCAGUCUAAAUGUGAGCUCAGGCCUCAGUACCUCCUACGACCUGCAGGGGAAAGAGCUUGACGAAGGGGAUUACACAGGUGAGGGCUAUGAACUGACUGAGGGAGAGCAAGGAGAAGGUUUCUCUCAGGAGGAGGAAGAGUACGGAGUAGACAAAUAUGGCCAUGAGGAGGACAUGGAGUACACCACAACACAGAAUGAUGAAGGGUAUGAAGACGAGGUGCUGGACCUGCAGAUCAAUGAGCCCCUUGAUGACGAAUUUCAAGUUGAUGACUACUCUGGUGAAUAUGGUGCAGAGUCACAAGAGGAGCAGACUGACCAGCAGGAAAUGCUGGAGGGGGUGGGGCCAGAGGAGGAAGGGGAGGGCCAAGAUAAUUCCCUGAUUACUGAAUCUGAGGAGGUGGAGGCUGAGGCAGAGCCUGAGGUGGAGAUUGAGGUGGAGCAGGAAGCCGAUACAAAAGAAGAGUCUGACGAGGAUGAGGAAGACAACGAGGAGUCCGGUCGGCAGCGAUUCAAAACUGAGCGCAAAGACGUUACUGUGGUCAGACUCUCCGAUGCUGCCAGCAAAAGGCGCAAUAUUCCAGAGACGUUGGAACUGACAGAAGAAGCAAAAGCAGACUUGCUGGAGUUUGAAGAGAAAGAACGUGUGCGAAAACAGGGCCGUUUUGGAGGGAGGGGCAGAAUAGGUGGAGUCGGAGGGAGGGGAGUUCCCUUGAUGGGCACCAGAGGCAGGGGAGGAGGGAGAGGCGUGCUCCCUCUGUUUGGAAUGGGAGAUUUCCGUGGCGAUGGAAGUGUUGGAAAAGGGAGGAUAAACGAACAUAGGCCUCCACUAAUGCAGGUCAACUUGGGCAUGCAGCCGAGAAUGGCUCCCCAACAGUCACAUCACCAUCAGUCUCGCCCGCGGGGAGGCCCAGGCCUUUUCGCCAACCCUGUCGGCCCCCUCUCCCAGCAGCCUCUACAGCUUCUGAUGCCCCAUCGCUCACCAGGGCCCCUACCGCCACUCCCUAGGCCACAGCCAGAACUACAUAGACCCCGGGGGAUGAGCACACCUCCUCCACCUGCACACGCCAACCAACAGCCCAAGAAUAUCCACAUCAAUCCGCACUUCCGAGGACCAUCCUCCUCACCCGUGCAAGUUCCAUUGAUGGCUCCAGCUCAAAACCAGCCCAGACCCAACAUUGGACCUCAGAGAUUCCCGGGCCCUGUGGACUUCCAGCAGCACCUCCAAGGGAAUUUUGUGCAGCCGCAAAGACCCCCUCCCCAGGAGCAGUGGAGAGGGCCGCCACCCCUCCACCAGGAGCGAGACACUUUCUUUGGCAGUGAGCCACGCUUUCCUGCCCAGCACAUGUUCGAUCUCCCAGGCCCUGCCCCUCUCAUGAAUAACAACGUUCUUCCUCUUGGGGGUCCAGGACCGCUGUCCUUCCCCCCACCAGGGGGACUGGGCAGUGCUCCGGGUCCUGGGCUGGGCUUUGGGCCUUUGGCUGUUGGUCAGGGCCAGGGGCCUGGGGGUGGAGGCAUGUUUCAGAGAGAGCCCCAGCGAGGCAACCUACCCCCCCACAACGCCGGCCCCCCUGCUCCCCCCGGUCCGCGUGGCUUCAUGGGCCAGCACCAGCCCUUCGCCCCACAGCAGCAGGGCCCGCCCUUCAGCCCCCAGCACAUGCCCUUUGGCCUGCAGGUACGCCAAAGAAGUAUAAUGCAGCCUCACUCUCAGCCCCAGCACCAUGAUCCUCCACUGUCCCAUGCUGCCUUGCACCAGCAUCACCACAGACAGGAUGUCCCUCCACAGGGCCACCCACAGCCCCUCCCACUCCCACCCCACAACCAGCACGAGCAGCAGCGCCAGCCUGGCGAGCAGCAUCCCAUCAUGCACCUCUCCCACCCCCCUUUCCGCCAGCCCCUUCAGGGUGGGCCCAGGCAGAUGCAGCUCCGCCCCCAAAGUGGACUGCAGCGGAACAACCCUGGCCGGAUGAGAAUGGUGUCACCUUCCCCCCUGCAGCAGCUGCAUAAUGCCCCGCAACGCAACAGCAACCUCCGCGAGCUGCCCAUCGCCACCAGCCACGCCACUACAGCCCACCCCUCUCAGCCUACCAUACCAAGCAGGCCCAUUACCAGGGCGGGCCAGGACAUGCGGCCCAGUCAGGGGGUGGUGGGCGGGGCUGUUGGCCGAGGGCGGGGCAUGGCUAAGUCCAUACCACCUACUAUCACUUCAGAGACAAAGAAAGCAAGCCCAGUUGCACAGCCAAGCAUGGCUGCACAGGAGCCAGAUGAGGACGAGGAGACACGUCAGUACCGGCUGAAGAUCGAGGAGCAGAAGCGUCUGCGUGAGGAGGUGCUGAGGCGGAAGGAAAUGCGCAGGCAAAUGCAGGCUGGUGUUCGCAAGAAGGAGCUCCUGGAGCGCAUCGGCAGCCAGACCCAGACGGCUCUGGCUCCACCCACCGCCUCCCAACCUCCGCCCGCCUCUACCCAGCCACCACAGCCUGUCCCUUCGCUUGCCCCCAAUGGUGCUGCCCCGAACACGCCCCCUGCCCUCCGGCCCAGUGUGAAGAGCCGCCUCCAGAGCUCCAGCACUGAACCCCAGACCUCCAGGUCCGAGCCCAUCCAGAAAACCCCAUGGCAGCAGCAGGGAAGACCCAUGAAUCCACAGAACCCUCUGAGACAGGGGCCUCCACUCCCAAACUUGCAGAGCGGAGGCGCCGCCCUUGCUGAUGCUGAGGGCUCGAGCAACACCCAAUCUGGCCAGCCCCAGCCAAUCAGACCUGGUGGGAAGAGGACGGUGAUGCAACGCACCAGCAGUGCAGGCUUCACCCAUAUUCCACCAAAAGUGCGAGUGGUCAAACGCUUGGGAGAGGCGGGACCUAACCCCAGCACCCCACCCCAACAACAACAGCAGCAGCAACAGCAACCCAUUGGUCGGCCUGCCCCUCAGCAGAGACUUGGCGCCAUCAGGAAGGUUACCGUGGCAACGAGCAGUGCACCCCAGCAGCAGGAAGCUGGCUGUGGAAUGGCAAACCAAACUAACCGAGUUGUAGUUCCGGGUCUUGGGCGGGGCCGCGGUGCUCCAGGGGGUCGCGGCGGAGGGCGCGUGAUGAUGCCAGCAAACCGGCAGAGCCCACGAGGCCCAGACCUCCAACCCAGCACUGUGUCCAUCGACGGUCUCUCCUCCUCCACCACGGAAAAGCAGAUUAAGAACCUGCUCAACUCCAUUGGCCCCAUACAGAUGUUUAAAAUGCUUCCGCAGCAGAGGAAGGCGAUUGCCAAGUUUGUCAACCCUCAGCAUGCUCUGAGUUUUCAGCAUAGCUUCCACAGGCACAUGAUAGACUUGUCCCAUAUUGACGUGACCAUUAUUGAUGGCUGAGGAGAGUCGAGGCUAUGUGGAGAAGUCACGGGGCAUCUGGGACAAGCCCACUGCUCAGAGGAAGGCCAGGCUUUGCUGGAAAACACUCGCUGUACUAAAAUGAUCUGGAGGUUGGAACAGAGGCAGUGAGUGCUGAAAACACUAGUCGGAUCAGCCCACUCUGGGACAACAUGACUCACUGCGGAAAACUGUUCUGCUGUUUUGUCCAAAGCAGUUAUGUACUUUGUAGUGUUUCAUUCCGAAAUUGAGUGAGAUUUUGAGAAGUAGUUGUGACUGAAAGGACACGUGACUGUUUGAAUCAGUAAUUCAGACUAGACAAAGGUGGAUGUUUUUAAGUGAACCUGCGUAGUGACGCUUGAUAAUGGUUGCUCCCAUCCUGAUUCUCCUUGAGGUUUACAGAGAAAAUUGUUUUGAAGACACGUUCUUGGAUAGGUGGCUUGCCUUUUG